AUGCUCCUAAAGAUAUAUGCAGAACAACUACGAUGCUCCAUAUAUCCAUUCUUGGCAAGCAGGAGAGCUUCCCGACGACGACGGCGAGCAGUGGCUUUAAGUCCCGGGUUGUCAUGUACUAGCUUCAUCACAGGCGUGGUAGAGCUUUCCAUGCGGCAUCUCUUUGAGGAGUCGUUGUUGCGUCACUUCCCACGGCCCACUUGGGGACCUGGAAGCUUCAACUUCCCCCAGACAGAAGUUAUCCUUGGACGUUAA